AUGUCGAGUAUCAUGCACGGACUACCCGUUUGCCUGCUCUUGUUGAGUACUGUGGUCGUUGGGAGUGCGGUAAGUGCUUGUUUUGUACUUGAUUGUACUCAAUUUGGCUGUGGAAUAUUAUAGAGUGGGGGGGGAGAAGACAGAACUUUAAAGACUAUUUAGUACAGUACUAGAGGUGCUAUAUAUUACUAGUACUAUACCUGUACUUAAAGUACUAUCUAGUACUAGUACUAUAACAGUAUUAAAAGCACUAUAUCGCACUAGUACUAUACUCGUACUAGAAGUACUAUAUAGUACUAGUAUUAACCCGAAAAAAAAAUUUUAAACCCUGUUAUAUAUAUAUGUUACUGUAGUGUUGCCAAAUCAAAAUUGAAGUUUUUUAGUACUAACCUUAAAGUUACUGUAGUACCACCGUAACAAAAAAUUUUAAAAGUUACAGUAGUACUGCAGUACUAACCUUAAAAUCUCGGUAUUAGAUACUGCUAUGGAUCUACCAUAGUACUAAAAAGAUUUACAUACAAUAGUACUAUAUCUUAAAGUACAGUAAACCUACAGUAACCUCAAACUUUAAAAUUUUUUAAAAAUUUUAGUACUGUGAACUGUAGCAUACUGUAUUUUCAAAGUCUUUUACAAGGAACCCAAAACUUUAUUUCCAGUUUAGACAAAAGCUUUAUAAAAUUAGUUGAAAAAGAAUUAAAAUACGAAAUUUAAUUAAAAGCGUUUAAUUUUUGGUACUAAAACGUGCUUACACUUUACUUUUUUUAACUCAAUUAGGCUUAAUUUCGCUUUAUGAUCCAACAUAAAAAGUACAAGGGCUUUCGAAAGUAUGACACUUCUGCGAAUUACCAAAAGUAAAUGCGAAAAAUGGCAAGAACUUUUUUUACAAACUUUAAAAUUACAAGAACUUUCUUUACAAAACAAAAAAUAGCAAAAAAUUUCUUUACAAGACAGAAAACGGCAAGAACUUUCUUUACAACACAAAAAAUGGCAAUAACUUUUUUUACAAACUUUAAACUUACAAGAACUUUCUUUACAAUACAAAAAAUGGCAAUAACUUUCUUUACAAAUCAAAAAAUGGCAAGAACUUUCUUUACAAAGCAUAAAAUGGCAAGAAUUUUCUUUACAAAGCAUAAAAUGGCAAGAACUUUCUUGACAAAACAAAAAAUGGCAACAACUAAUUUAAUAUUCAAAAAAUUUCUAGUUCGCCCUCCCCCGCCAUCGCAAUUUGUUGUUGUCGCCCUUCAAAGAGCAAUACUUUUCGACAGUCGGCGAGCCGGUAAUACAGCCCGUCAUUGAGUCGGCCGAGAACGAGAAGGAGCCCAUCGUCAGCAAAUUCAUCUAUCAACAAGUUAUGGCCGCGGUUCGGGACGCGAUCAAGGACAAGGAUCAACAGGGCAUUGUAAGUUUAGAAGAGGGUGGGUAUGGGAAAUUGAGGUGGGGGUAGGGGACGAUAUGGUACAGUAGUGUAAGGUAGGGAAACGAAACCAGGGCAGAGUAUAUUAGAGAAGGGUAGGGUAUAAUAGGGCAGAACAAGGUAGGGUAGGGUAGAGUAGGGCAGGGAAUAGUAGAGAAAGGUAAAGUAUAGUAAGAUAAAGUAAGCUAGGGUAUGAAAAUGUAAAUUAAGGUAGGUUAGAGUAGAUAAGGCAGAGUAGAGUAAAGUAGAGAAAGAUAAGGAAUAAUAGGGUAUUAUGAGGUAGGGUAGGGUAGAGUAAGAUAGGUCAGAGUAGGGGAAGGCAAGGUAGAGCAAAGUAAAGUAGUGUAGGAUACGGUACAGAUGUUUCCUACCGUAUUAUUCCUUAACUUACCCUACCGUAUCUUACCCACUUUUACUACCAUAUGCUAUAAAAACUUAAACUAAAACAAUGAUUUAUAGUACUAAACAGUAACAAUCUUUGCACAAUACAAAAAUAUAGUAUACCUAUCCUAACUUACAUUUUUCAGAACGCCCACACCUUCCCAUUGUACCCAAAACCCUCCAAACGACAACGUUAUCAACAACACUUUGACGUGUUGGCUGGUGGUGGGUUGGGCCGGUAA